AGACAACACAAUCACCUCAGCGCACCUGUUCAGUGGACACCAUUAGCAGUCUUUACGUUGUAUUUCAUACCUGAAACUGUGAACAGAAUCAGUGCAGACCAGAAGCAGUGUUACCUGGACAAGAAAAACUUGAAAAGAGCAUGGCCUCUACAAUUAGCCUCCUUCCCGAGAAGCACUUUUUGUGUCCUCUGUGUAGAGACAUCUUCACAAGUCCAGUGACCGUACCAUGUGGUCACAGCUUCUGCUUGUCCUGUCUCUCCCACUACUGGACACGACACCAGUCCAAAUACUGCCCCCACUGUAGGAGACUGUUUGCUGACAAGCCGGACCUCAGUGUCAACCACAUUCUGGCGGACAUCUCAGACAACUACAGGAAGAAUCGACCACAGAAACCACCUGAUGAGGAAACGGUUAUAGAUGUCGAGCAAAUGAUUCAGGAAAGGCUGCAGAAGAUAGAAAGGUUUAAAUAUGCUCUCGAGCUCCAAAAGAGCUCCUACCUCAGAGAGGUGCGAGAGAGCCAGAAGGUCUUCUCUGCCCUCGUACAUGCCAUGGAGAAGAGUCACAAAGCAGUUGUUGAUGCAAUUGAGGUGAGACAGAGAGAAGAGGCAAAGAGAAUAGAAACGCUGGUGAAAGAGAUCGAACAGGAGAUCCGGGAGCUGAAGAAGGAGACCACUGAACCUGAUCUGCUGAUUCCUGUACACAGCGAUCAAAGUGACGAUACCAAGCAAGUUACCGUGAGCGUUGUUCCAAAAAUGUGCCCCUCUGAGAUGAAGGACUGGUCCAAGGUUACAGCAGAAACUGACCCUUGUAUUGGGGUCACCAGACAAGCACUGACAGACAUCAUGGAGAAGAUAAAAGUAGAAGUCAACAGGCUCUCCAAAGCUGAACUCAAGAGAAUAGAGAAGUACACAGUGGAUGUCAACCUGAGUGCUAAGACAGCCCACCCCUCCCUCUCUGUCUCAGAUGACAGAAAACAAGUGAGACACACGGACAAGCUUCAGGAGGUACCAGAUAACCCCAAGCGGUUCGACCGUGUGGCGAACAUACUGGCCAAAGAAAGUCUCAGCUGUGGGAGGUGCUACUGGGAGGUGGAAGUCGGGGAGAAGAUCGAGUGGACUCUGGGUGUUGCGAGACAGUCCAUAAAUAGGAAGGGCAAGUUCACUGUCUGCCCUGCGAAUGGUUUCUGGACUUUAAGCCUGAAGGCUGGAGGCCAGUUCAUUGCCAACACCUCUCCUGUCACGCUGUUGGCUCUGGAACAGAAACCCAAGAGGGUGGGCGUGUUCCUGGACUACACAGAAGGCCGCGUGUCCUUCUACUGUGCAGAAUCAGGAGUCCACAUCCACACCUUCACAGAUGCAUUUACAGACAGACUUCAUCCGUUCUUCAGUCCUGGUCGCCUGCAUGGCGGCAAAAACGCUGCUCCCCUAAUCAUCUCUUCUAGCUUUUGCAGCAUAUAA